AUGGCUAGUACACUGCCUCCCAAAACAUGGGAAACUGGAUGCGCGCGACCGGCAGAGGAAGCGUCCUGGGAAGCUGAGGCAAACUAUGUGACUGAAUCCGGCGAACAGGCUCAUUGGACACUGCCGGUGUAUACGGAACCGCCCACUUCGACCAUUGGUAACCAACUUGGGCUGACGCAUUUGCGAACUUGGCCGAGUAUCUACGAUGGUACUUCCACAGGGAAGCCGGAAUGGUUCAAGCCUUCCAAAGAGGUCGAUGUGCUGAUUUGCGGAGCUGGUCCAUUUGGCCUGGAAGUCGGCCUGAUUCUCGCCCGGCAGGGGAUUAGUUUUCGCAUAAUUGACAAAUCAAAUACCCCCUGCCUCUCGGGAAGAGCAGAUGGUGUUCAUCCCCGAGCCCUCGAGCUCCUCCACAGCUGGGGUCUCGCUCACGAGGUUUCCGAAGAAGGACCCAUUUUGAACUCGACCGUACUCUUUCGCAAUGGCGUUAAGCUGUUUCAUGGGUUUAGUUCCACCUGUGACUCCCGCUACAAGGGGAUCCACAUCAUCACCCAGGGUCAGAUGGAGCGCAUCUACAUCCGCGAUCUCCUCCGUCACCGGAUCGUCGUGGAGCGGGGCACGACAGUCAGUCAAUUCGAGGUGGAUCAGUCGUGGAAGGAUCACCCGGUACGAGCGAUCUUGAAGAAUUCUGCCACGGGGCAAGAGGAGGUAGUGCGCGCUCGAUAUCUCAUCGGUGCAGACGGAGCAGCCAGCAGCAUCCGCGAGCAAUUGGGAGUGGAAUUUGAUGGGAUCGCGACGGAUAUCUACUGGGCAAUUAUGGACUGUCGUUUCAAGACGGACUAUCCGUAUAUUCUUGGUUUCAAUGUCAUUAUUAGUGCGGAGCAUGGGGGGUGCAUUGUGAUCCCGCGAGAGGAUGGAUAUACUCGGUUCUACACUCAGAUCAAUGGCGAAAAGGCCCGGAAACUACAGGCAAACCGACAGGCCCGACGCAAUGGCUCCGCGGUAGGAGAGACCCGUAUCGAUGACCACGGUAUCACGCCGGACGAGGUACUCGAACAGCUCAAUCACAUCAUUGCGCCUCACAAGGUCGAAUUUGCAUCGGCUAUGAGCUGGUUUUCGGUCUGGAGAGUGAGCGAACGAGUCGCACGCAGCUUCUCUUCCCCGGAUCUUCGCGUCCAUCUCGGUGGCGACGCCGCCGUCUUGGGUGCCUUCGGGCUCAACUCCUCUAUAUACGACGCCGCCAAUCUGGGCUGGAAACUCGGCCUCGUGCUUCGCAAACACGCCCAGCCCUCUCUUUUAACCACUUACGACCCGGAACGCCGCCUCUUUGCUAACAGCGUCAUCCGAUGCUCCGGCGCCUACCUGCGCUUCAUCUGCAAUUCAUCGCUCCCGCUCGCCGCCCUGCGAGAUCUAGGCGCUCAUCUCGAGUCACACGAUGAGCACCUCCCAUUGCUGGAUGGAAGUACUGAGGCGGAUCGUGACUUUCUUUAUACCUUCUUCAAACGACAUGCAAUGUUCCUGCUUGGCGUGGAGUGGCCCAUUCCGACUUCGACGAUUUGUCCCUCUAAUGACGAUGUACGGCCCUCGUCUCUACGGAAUGGAGUCCGUGCGCCAAAUCCUCGCGUCUGCCUCGAGACAAAUUACACCGCGUAUCUGUACGACAAGUUGACAGGAGUGGCGCGGUUCCAUCUGCUGGUGUUUGGGUCAGACCUGCAGGGUCCAGUGAGGGAGCGGUUAGCCGUUUUGGCAAGGGACAUUUGCCGGAGGAGAGGGUUUUAUCAACGAUUUGGGAGUGGCGAGAUGUUUAAUCUCGUCGUUGUGACGAAGAGCCUCCCGUAUCAGACAGCAGAGCUACUGGAGGGCGGCCUAGCACCUCUCAAGGAGCAUGCGACGGUUGUCUAUGACGACCGCACACCGGAUGAGGAUGCGCAUUACUGGUAUGGUGUAAAUCAUGCACGAGGAGCGGUGGUGGUGGUGCGCCCUGAUCUGGCGGUGGGGAUGAGUGUCUGGCCAGAGGAGACGGAAAAGCUGGAUAAGUAUUUUACGUCGUUUUUGUUGGAGAGUGAGAAGGUUGAAGCCAUGAAGAAGGAGGGUCUGUUGGCUCGGUUGUGGGCAGCUUGGUGA